AUGGCCACUCUCCGGCCCCUUGAAGGUAUGGAGGAAGGUGCCAAUAUACAGACACCCUGGUCUACCAAAGUGGUAAUAAAGAAUGUCGUUGUAAUCAUGGUGGUGGACUCAAAAGUUUUCUACGGUGUCUGUGUCGAGACUUUGGAUGCCAUUUCCCCUGACUGGACAAGUUCAGAGUGCCUAAUAUGGGUUUUUAAUGACGGUUCAGGGCCACGCAUGUGGCAGGAGACCGCACAGCCAUCGCCGUUCAGUUCAGAAGAUCCUGAAAGGGAUUUCGACCAGAUCUUAGGCCAUUACGAAUCCAAUGAUGGAGAAUGCUACGUGGCAGUGAAGUGGAAAAGUACCCUAGUGCCGACAUGGGAGAGAGAGACGAACAUGGCAUAUUGUGCCGGCGCUAUCGCGCAAUACUUCAUCAACCAAAGUCUUGAAGCCUUCCAGGAGUAA